GCAGCCCAAAGCUCCAGAAAAGGAGAAGGACCCUCUGUCAGAGAGACCCCCAUAUUCCUACAUGGCUAUGAUCCAGUUUGCUAUCAACAGCAAGAAGAACCGACACAUGACCCUGAAGGAAAUUUACAACUGGAUCGAGGAUCAUUUUCCGUAUUUCAGAAAUGUUGCCAAACCCGGAUGGAAGAAUUCCAUACGUCAUAACCUCUCACUACAUGACAUGUUUGUCCGGGAGACAUCUCCCGAUGGCAAGAUCUCCUAUUGGACGAUUCGACCGGAAGCAAACCGCUGUCUUACUUUGGACCAAGUUUACAAGCCUUUGGUUGACACAGUGACCCCCACUUGCCCUCAGAUCCCACAAGUUGGUUUCAAUAAACAACAGAAGAGAGGUCCUCCGGAGCUGAAGAAAGCCAUACCUCCCACGGGCGGCACGGAGAGGAAGAUGAAGCCGCUUCUGCCUCGGACUGACUCGUACCUGGUUCCCAUCCAGCUUCCUCUGGGUCAGUCACUCUUCCUGCCCUCCUCCAGUCCUGCGACUCUCGCCACUCCUCCACACGCUCCGAGCUCCUCCACUCCCAGCUCCAGCGGUGCGAUCAAGAGGGUCCGAAUUGCCCCUAAGGUCUCACAGAUGAUGCUGUGUGCGUCCACCUCUCAGGACAUUAAGGAGGAGCCUGUGAGCGUGUCUGUGACUCCCGAAGCUCUGCCCUCCAAAACCAGACAGCAAGAAAACAGCAGCUCCCGCCGCAAACAGCGUCUAGUCCUGCCAGCCACCGAGGAACCCGUCCUGCUCUACCCCGACAGCACUCUCUUCGACUCGGGCGUGGUCUCCGACGUCUCCACCUUCCAAGACACUCACGAUCCGGAGCCCGAGCCCUCCUGUAAACCCGACCCCGACAGCCCAAACAGAGAAUACACUUUUAAAACGCCCAUCAAGAGCAGCCACCCUUCCUCGUCCACACCCAGUAAGCUUCCCGCAGUUCUGGAGCCCUGGAGGAUCACUCCCGUCAGGAAGGGAGGCGUGCUGGACUUCAGCCCCAUCCGUACACCCAGCGGGCCACAGCUCACCCCGCAACGGCACGAGCACACGCCUUUCAGCUUCAACAGCACGCCUUUCAAAGAGCUGCCACUCUUCAGCUCCCCUCGAGAGCUGCUCACCUGCUCCAGACCCUCUCCGAGACGCUCCAAUGCGACCUGCUCCAGAGAGCUGCUGCAAGAGGGCGCCACCAACCGCUCUCUUACCGAAGGCCUCGUCCUAGAUACCAUGAAUGACAGCCUGAGUAAAAUCCUAGUGGAUAUCAGCUUCCCCAACCUGGAAGAUGAUGAUCUCGGCAUGGCAAACAUCAGCUGGUCCCAAUUUAUCCCAGAGCUGAAGUGACUCCCAUUCCUUUAUCCGAGCUACUCACACUUCCUUCACUGCCUUUGAUUCUUAUUUACUUGCUAUUGAUCUCUUAAGUAUUUUCUUCAUUUCUGUUGCUAUUUCACUGCCUUCUACUGUACAUGUUUGUGUUUUGGAUGUGUAGGCCUUUAUUUGCGAGCAAAACUGUUAGUGACGAAUGUACUUAGAUAAGAUUAAUUUGCACAAGUUGUAAUAUAUAAAUAUGAGUGUGUGUGUGUGUGUGUGUGUGUGUGAGAGAGAGAGAGAGAGAGUGUAUUAUAAGUGAACAUACAGAUUUACCAGAUUAAUUAAAUUACACUACCCAAUUUUACAGUAUUUCUUUGUUUUGGAAUGAUUUUGAACACCUUGGAUUAGCCAGAGAGACUGACGGUAAAAAUAUUUUUAAGAGAACUUGGGGUGUAAAAUAAACUUGCAUUCAAAUUAAAGGGAUAGUUCACCCAAAAAUGACAAUUCUGUCAUUUACUCACCCUCCACUUGUU